AUGGCGAGAGCAGAUAGCACAACUCCUGUUAACCACCACUAUUCCCUUCCGAAUCAUAUACGCACCGACAGUAAACAACUGCUCGUCAGGCUGGACAGUGCGAGUACCUUCCAAACCAGUCUAUUACCCGCACGAUGCGGAAAGCCAGGUCGCAAAGACCGCAUACCCACGAAGGACGUAUGGCUGUUUUGCACAGAGAUUGCCUGCCUUACCGCAGCUCUGCUGAUCGUCUUUCAGUCCCGUUUAGCAAUAUGGCUGGGCCAGAUCAACCAACUGAUUGGCAUCGGCUUCCUGCUCGCCAUCAUGGCCAUGUGCCUUGAAGGGUUGAUGCUCCGCACUGCGCUCAUUCAUACUGCCACUCGAAGUGGCUCCUCAAUCCAAGAUCUCGAUGCAUUAUUGAGGAAAGACCCAUUCUCAUCGAGGCACGUCCACAUCGCUUACCGAAUCCUUCUUUUCCUUUUGUUGGGCCUGCCUUUGUUGCUGAGCGUGGCAUAUAAGAAAUUCGUCGGGGGUGAAAGCACUAUUAUUGUGGACCAUGGUGAUGGAUUUUUUGGCUUCUCAUCCACACCCGGGAAACAAAGGAUAGGUGACGGCCUCUCCAUCCUCUCCGACGUCUACGUGCCAUUCUGGAUCAGCCCUGAGCUCAACCAGACGUAUGGCUUUAACAUGUACAUCCCAGAGGACAACAAAACCGGUGUAAUCGUUGACUCUCCAUUUCCUUCAUAUCUCACAAGUCUUCAGUCCAGUCUCAAUGGUGGAGAAUCCCUGACUCUAUCGGCAACUGUCAACGCAACCGUGUCAGAAAUGAUAAAUCCAACCUCAGAAGAACGAAACAGCGAGGACUUCUGGGUAGAUGUGCAGAAUCAAUUCGAUCACCCUGCCACACAGAACGGUGGCGACACCAAUGGGGCUAACAACGCAAUGUGGGCAGGCAUGAGUGGAAAUUUUCUGACGAAUUUCUCCGUCAUGUACUUUUCAGCGUGGAAUACGACAAGGAACGAGACUUUCUUCUCCGAAGCUAUCCGCACCGAACAGUCGAGACGUCAGGCUAGAGCCACGUGGUGGAUAUCGUCGACCAACAUAACGCUCAUCCAAGCGGAUCUGAUACCCGAGAGCACUCUUGAGAACCAGUUCCUCCUCCAAAACAACGCCAUCGGCCUGCAGGAGAUGUUCAGUACCUUUCUUGGGGAGUACGACUGGCACAAUCGUGCCGGCGCUUUUGAUUUCCCCUACCCCGAUGGUAGCUUGGGACCAAAUGGUGAACUGAGAUAUUUCCAGCCCGUCAACACCGUACCUGCGCUGGCAGCCACGAUGGCUUGGGCCCGGAUCACCAGCUUGGAUACCAUCGAUCGACCUGGCGGUGUCCGAAACACGGAAAUGAGUGCCUUGACAGGAUACUCAAAAGGAGCGGAGGCCAUUCUCACAAUUCGUACUGUACCGACACUCCGAAGAGAUCCGCUAUUGGUGAUCGUUCUGUUAGUCAAUCCGGUAUUGUGCCUGUUUUGCGUCCUCGUGAAAGCGACCUGGCUCUACGGAAGUCCCAUGGGGGACGAUACCAAUAUCAUCUCCCUGCUGGCAGCAGCCGAGGGUAGUGACACGAGUGCAUUGAGGGGAGCUUCACUCACUGGCACGUUGAAUAGAAAAGUCACAAUCGUGUUUCAUAUGGAAAGCGAUAGUAUGACUGUAAGACCUGGCUUGGAGCGCCGGUUCGAUCAUGUUGUGAUGACGCUCGAUGGCCUUUUACCAGAACAGGGGAACAUGCAGCGUGGUAGUUUUUGA